AUGGAGAAGGCUCCGGAAGCCGUCGCUGUGAAGCCUGAAGAGACUAUUAAAGCAGAAACAAAUGGAAACGCCUCUCAGGAUUUAUCUGCUGUGAUACAAACUGUUUUGCAAACCACGCAAGACCGAUUCCAGAUGUUAUCGGACCAAAUUUUACACAGAAUUGACGAAAUGUCAAAGCGACUUGACGAUCUAGAGAAGAAUAUAGUUGAUCUUAUGAACCAGGCAGGCGUUGAAACAGAACCGUAA